AUGAUUCUCCAUCUAUAUAUUCGUUUUUUUAUUUUUACUUUUUGAUUUUUAUCUCAUCACACUCAAAAAAAAGAAAAAGAAAAAAAGGGAAAAUAAAUGGAGCGUGGGGUUUCUCGAAGAGCUGGUAUUGUCACUGCCUCACCAGUUACGGCAGGCAUUCGCUCUCUCUCUCUCUCUCUCGCUGUGUGCAGUGCAGCAGGCUCAGCUAGCAUUGCAUGCUGUGGUGAAUGGCAGAAGAGAGCAACAAAGCCUUGUCACUUUCAGUUGAUUGUCCUAUUGCACGGCUUCCCGAUCAUCUGUUGAUUGAGAUCUUUAUUCGUGUGCCCAUAGUGGAGUGGGGACAGCUCUCAUGUGUUAAUAAAUACUGGGCUGAUUUGUUUAGGCAGGAUUGCUUGUGGCACGCUGCUCUCGUCAGGUGUUUCCCUUUGGCUGGUCAAGGUGAAAGGUGGCCCGGUCCUAUUCCUCGUGGGAUGAGCAAGAGGAGGUUUAUUGCACUGUAUAUGAGUAAAUGUAUCUUUCCACUUGAUGAUGAGCUAAGUGAGAUUGUUGGUCAUUCGUACUUGUUUCUGAAAGAGCAACUCGAAAUUUCAACUUUGCCUCCUUCACCGGGGAUACUUCAUGGAACUGUAAUAGAUCAGUUUAUUGCCUGUGGCAAAUCAAGGGACAGAGCCCAUGAGCUCGCUUCAGUGAUUUGGUUGGCUGUCAUUGACAACUUGGAGGACAAUCAUCAGACAUUUCUUUUGCUUAAACGUCUUGCACUCGAGGGGGAUGUGUUUCUACCAUAUCCAUACACAAGAUCCUUAAAAGUCGAGUGGAAGAUAUUCGACAGACUUUUCACAGAUUUUCGCGACUGCUUGGCUGAUGCAGAUUACUAUGAUUUAUUGGCUUGUGCAAAACAGAAGUUUCAGCCAAUACCAGCAACCUGGCUGGGAUAUUAACACCUCUAUCUCUCUCAUCUUCUAUUUGUGGCAAGUCUAAGCCCUCACAUCUCACAUAUGCCCAAGUAAACUGUACUUGGCCCAUUUAUGGUUUGAUGAUGAUCUUGACAACUUGUAUUAUAUCCAUAUGCUUGAUGUGCGCUCAAAUGUAAAUAUGCAAGAUUGUAUCUUUACACGAUGGAAUGUGAAUGUAUAGGAUUCUUUCUAAA